CUUCUUGCGUCUGGAUCGGGCGGCGGCACGGUCAUCAUCUGGGAUACGAUGACCGGGAUGCUACAGUGUACCCUUGACAAACAUUGGAGUGCGACCGUCGCACUGGCAUUCUCACCAACUAGCCAGGUCCUCGCCACUGCAGCAGGUCUCGACAGAGUCGCUAGACUCUGGAACCCCUCAACAGGAAAAGUUUUCAGCUUCCUUGAGGGUCACUCCGCGGGAGUUAACGCCUUGGCAUUCUCACCUAACGGCCACAUUCUCGCUUCUGCAUCGUCAGAUGGUACUGUGAAGCUGUGGGAUACAUCGCUGAAAUCGUCUUCCCACGCCUUUGAAGGACACUCAGAUGCGAUCAUGACAGCAACAUUUUCCCCGGACUGCCGAACGCUUGUCUCUGCAUCCUGGGAUGGCACUACCAUGCUUUGGGACACGGCAACUGGGGACCUCGUGGAAGUCCUCGAAGGUCAUUCAGAUGAGGUGACGGCGGCAGUUUUCUCGCCAGAUGGCCAGCUGAUUGCUACCGCAUCUUCCUACCGAACAAUCAAGCUCUGGAAUGCGUCGCAAGGAGCAUUAAGAUGCACUCUUGAAGGUCAUACUAAAGGAGUGUACGCCAUCACAUUUUCACCCGACUGCAGAUUUCUUGCUUCUGCAUCAGAUGAAGAGCUUAUCUAUAUCUGGGAUGUAAGAGCGGGAGAAUUGUGCGGCACACUGGAGGGCCAUUCAAGUUGGAUUGACGCAGUAACGUUUUCGCAAGAGGGUUGUUUCCUCGCCUCUGCAUCAAAUGACAAGACGUCCAAAGUCUGGAACGUAACGAAAGGCACUUUGCACUGCACUCUUGAGGGGUUGCCUGAUCACGUCAGGGCGCUAGCACUCUCAUCCGACAAUCGCACCCUAGCUUUCGCGUCAGAAGAUAGCUUAAUCCAGCUCUGGGACCUCGCAGGAAGGUAUCAAGUACACGUCAUCCAUUGUGGAGACGUACACUACCGCCUCAGUUUCUCCCCAGACGAUUCACAUCUCAUAACAGACCGAGGCUUGUUACACCGGGAUACAACUUCUUCGAGUGCGGACCUUCGUUCAGCGGAUAUAGCCUGUCAGUUAUUUGUUAGGAAGAAUUGGGUCUCCUGGAAGGGUAUCGACGUCCUUUGGAUUCCACCCGCCUAUCGCGGGGAAAUGGUGGCUCUCGAACACAACAUCGUUGCACUUGGACACUCUUCUGGACGGUUUAGUUUCCUGGAACUCCAACCACUCGAAAUUGUUGGAGAUCACAAGUGUGAGGCGACCAAGUCGGUGGUAAGAUGUGGAAGAAGGUGGAACAUUUCACAGAGAUCCUGCCUAUCAACAAUUCAGAAGUGA